AGCACUAAAGAGAAAGAAAGAAGGCAAACAGCUACAGCAAGCCAGGCCAGAGAGAGCAACCAAUUUUAAUUUCCGUUUCACUCCUCUUUUCCUUUCCAUUCUCAAAUGCUCGCCGGGUUCACUUCCCCGGCGAACUACUUCCUCCCCAGACCGGCCUGAAUGCCGUUAUUCUUUCAUUGAGUGUUGUCAUAUUUGAGUUUGUUGUUGGGAGUAGAUACAAGGGAGUGUCGGUGUGGCUAUAUGCGAGGUGAAAAUGCCUGAGGCGGCACUGCUAUGUGAGUCCUCUCCCAGCGACGUGGUGCUCUGCGCGAAGAAGAAAAGGUCAGGCGAAGACGACUCGCCGCCGCAGCUGGUGGUCGCGGCGCCCGCGCUGUCGAUAGGCCGGAACCGAUCUCAGGCCGGCACUCGCCGCGUCACUCCUACGACGACGGGGGAGUCGAGCACGGAGAGGUUUCUGCCGAACGGGGAUCUCUACAUCGGGAGCUUCGCCGGGUCGGCGCCGAACGGAUCCGGCAAGUAUCUGUGGACGGACGGCUGCAUGUACGAGGGGGAGUGGCGGAAGGGGAAGGCCUCCGGGAAGGGGAAGUUCUCGUGGCCGUCGGGCGCCACUUACGAGGGGGAGUUCAAGUCGGGUCGGAUGGAAGGGUUCGGGACGUUUGUCGGAUCCGACGGCGACACCUACCGCGGGUCGUGGUCGGCGGAUCGGAAGCACGGGAUGGGCCAGAAGCGCUACGCCAACGGCGACUUCUACGAGGGAUCGUGGAAGAGGAACCUCCAGGACGGCCAGGGGAGGUACGUGUGGCAGAACGGCAACGAGUACGUCGGCGAGUGGAAGUCCGGCGUCAUUUCGGGCCGGGGCGUGUUGAUUUGGGCCAAUGGAAACAAGUACGACGGCCAGUGGGAAAACGGCGUCCCCAAAGGUAACGGAAUAUUCACAUGGCCUGACGGCAGCUGCUACGUCGGGUGCUGGAACAAGGAUUUGAAGAUACAGCAACUCAACGGCACGUUUUAUCCGGCUAACGGCGGGAAGGAGCAGAGCUUUGAGAACAUUGGGCCGUUUGCGGCGGAGAAUCUGACGAUUACGAUGAGGAAGAGGUCGUCGGUGGACGGAGGUAGGGGGAGCUUGGCGGAGAGGACAUUCCCGAGGAUUUGUAUAUGGGAGAGUGAUGGUGAAGCUGGGGAUAUUACUUGUGAUAUUAUCGAUAAUGUGGAAGCUUCUAUGUUCUACCGGAACGGGACUGCUUUCGAUCGGGACUCGCUUAUGCAGUUCAAGAGGAGCCCCUGCUGCUUCUCCGGCGAGCCCAAGAAACCGGGGAUGCCGAUCUCCAAAGGGCAUAAGAAUUACGACUUGAUGCUCAACCUUCAGCUGGGUAUUAGGUACUCUAUAGGGAAGCAUGCUUCCAUUGUGAGGGAGCUGAAACCCAGUGAUUUUGACCCGAAGGAGAAAUUCUGGACGAGGUUUCCGCCGGAGGGAUCCAGCAAAACCCCGCCGCAUCAAUCUUUCGAGUUUAGGUGGAAGGACUACUGCCCUAUGGUUUUCAGGCGACUGCGGGAGCUUUUCCAGGUGGAUCCUGCGGACUACAUGUUGGCUAUUUGUGGGAAUGAUGCUCUUAGGGAGCUUUCUUCUCCAGGGAAGAGCGGCAGCUUCUUUUACCUGACUCAGGAUGAUAGAUUCAUGAUUAAGACAGUCAAAAAAUCAGAAGUCAAGGUGCUAAUAAGGAUGCUUCCAAGUUAUUAUAGACACAUGUCGCGGUAUGAAAAUUCUCUUGUGACUAAAUUCUACGGGGUGCAUUGUGUCAAACCUGUUGGCGGACAGAAGACAAGGUUUAUAGUGAUGGGCAAUUUGUUCUGCUCAGAGUAUAGAAUACAUAGACGAUUUGACCUGAAAGGAUCUUCCCAUGGUAGAACAACUGAUAAGCCCGAGGGGGAGAUUGAUGAAAUCACAACCCUGAAGGACCUUGAUCUCAAUUUCGUGUUUCGCCUGCAAGGAAAAUGGUACCAGGAGCUAAUGAGGCAAAUUGAUCUUGAUUGUGAAUUCUUGGAAGCGGAGAGAAUCAUGGAUUACAGUCUUCUGGUUGGUCUUCACUUCUAUGAUGGCAAUACAUAUGACAAGAUGGCGCUGUCACCUUUUCUCUUGCGCUCUGGCCAAAAGGAUUCUUUUCAGAAUGAGAAGUUUAUGCGCGGUUGUCGGUUCCUCGAAGCUGAGCUGCAAGACAUGGAUCGAGUUUUGUCCGGCAGGAAGCCACGGAUCUGUUUAGGGGCCAACAUGCCUGCAAGAGCAGAGCGGAUGGCUCGAAGGAGUGACUUCGAUCGGUACUACACCCCUGGUGGGUUCAGUCAUUUGACCCCUGCACGCAGUGGUGAAGUCUAUGAUGUAGUACUUUACUUCGGGGUAAUAGACAUUUUACAAGACUACGAUAUCAGCAAGAAGUUAGAGCAUGCUUAUAAAUCCUUGCAAGUUGACCCAAUUUCAAUAUCAGCUGUGGAUCCUAAGCUUUACUCCAAGAGGUUUCGGGAUUUCAUUGGAAGAAUUUUCGUUGAAGACAGGUAGUCACAAAAUGGCACAUAGCAAGUGGAAACGAGCGCUGAUGCAUUAACAAUAUUUUUAUUCCAGAAGAAAGCUCAAGAGCAGCUCAGAGAGUGACCUGAGUCGGGGUUCAGAGACUGAACCAAUGCAACUGUGGUGAAACCUCAAAGCUCGGUGGUGGUGGUGGUGGUUUGUCGUCGGGGAUCCCUAUGGCUGAAUUUUGAAGACACAGCCAAGGUGUUUUGGCUCUGGCAGGGGGUGGGUGCUUGUACAUUCUUCGAGGUUAGAGAGGAAAGGUUUAAGGUUAUAGGGGUUCUGGGUUUUCUUUCUUUUAAUUUAUUUCUUCCUUUAGGUGAAAUUUUUGUGGUAUCAAGGAAUGUGAAGAUUUGAAAGAUAGGUAUAGGGAACAGAUGAAUAUGUUUCCCAGAGAGAAGAUUCAAAAAAGAAAAAAAGAAUGGGGGAGGAGACUUGGAAUAACAAAAAGUGUACAGGUUUAUAGAAAAUGGUUGGGUAGCUUAUGGAAUUCAAUGGAUUUUUAUGUGAUAUUUUGAACAAGAAAAGGGAAAGGAAAUGUUUGAAUCAGCAGGGAGAGUGACCCUACAGGAAUCUCUCUCUCUCUCUCUGUUAGACUCUCUUUGCUCCUUUAAUCAGAUGUUUUGAUAUAAAAUGGUGUUUGCAAUGGUCAGUGCUUUGCCUUUUGCAGCGAAAGGGCGAAGAGAGAAGAUAGAAGUAGGUUUUUGUUUUGUUCAAGUCCUUAUAGACCCCAAGAGAAGAUGCAUCAAAAGCAGAGAAAGCAAGAGAAAGAUGCGCUGGUGUUUCUUGUUUUUGCCUACUUUGUUUACUGGCUUUGCUUCCUUUCCAUCUACCACUGUUUUCCCUCUGAAUGAAAGAAAGAAAUUUCUGAAU